GUGAUGUUGAGGUCAGGAUCACGUCAGAGCUCCGGUCCAGGUGUUGGGGGAUCCACUCCGGAUUUUCCGGGAGCAGAGGAACAGUGGAGAGAGGCUGCAGCAAAAGAGAGCCCGAAUCUGCCUGAACUCCGUAAAGUCCGUCAGCUCCGCUCUGAAGCAAGUGGAGCCUCAGAGUAGUGAGGAUAAAGAGUCGAACCCGACCAGACCACAACAGGACCAGACCCAACAGGAGAAGCUAGGAGCUCCAGACGCGAGAAUCAGGGGCAGAUGUGUGGAGCCAUGCGCGCCUCACUCCUCCUCCUCGUCAGCGCGCUGGCUGCCUCCGUGGCCUACGAGGCCGACCACGCCCACGGCUGCGCCCAGGGCAGCUGCUACCCCGCCACCGGAGACCUGCUGGUGGGCCGGGAGAAGAGCCUGAAGGCCUCGUCCACCUGCGGCCUCAGCAAGAGAGAACCAUACUGCAUCGUCAGCCACCUGCAGGAUGAUAAGAAGUGUUUCUCGUGUGACUCGCGGCGCCCCUUCGACCCGGUCUACAACACCAUCAGCCACCGCAUCGACAACGUGGUCACCACCUUCAAGCCCCACCGCAAGAAGUCCUGGUGGCAGUCCAAGAACGGGAAGUCUGAUGUGGUUCUCCAGCUCGAUCUGGAGGCAGAGUUCCACUUCACCCACCUGAUCAUGACCUUCAAGACCUUCCGUCCCGCCGCCCUGCUGAUCGAGCGGUCAGCUGACUUCGGCCGCACCUGGCAGGUGUACCGCCACUUCGCCUACGACUGCUCCAGCGCCUUCCCCGGGGUGUCCCCCGGACCCCUGCGCCACGUCGACGACGUCAUCUGCGAGACGCGCUACUCCGACAUAGAGCCCUCCUCCGGCGGGGAGGUCAUCUACAGAGUUCUGGACCCUGCCAUCAGAAUAGAGGACCCCUACAGUCCCAGCAUCCAGAACCUGCUGAAGAUCACCAACCUGCGUGUGAACCUGACCCGUCUCCACACGCUGGGGGACAACCUGCUGGACCCGCGCGCCGAGAUCAAGGAGAAGUACUACUACGCCAUGUACGAGAUGGUCGUCAGGGGCAACUGCUUCUGCUACGGCCACGCCUCCGAGUGCGCCCCCAUCGCCGGCGCCGACGACAACAUCGAGGGAAUGGUGCACGGCAGGUGUGUGUGUAACCACAACACCAACGGGCUGAACUGUGAGGCGUGUGACGACUUCUACAACGACCGGCCCUGGAGGCCCGCUGAGGGGCGAGAGGCCAACGCAUGCAAACAGUGUGAGUGCAACGGUCACUCCAGCCAGUGCCACUUCGACAUGGCCGUGUUCCUGGCCACGGGGAACGUGAGCGGGGGGGUGUGUGACGGCUGCCUCCACAACACCAUGGGCCGCAGCUGUGACCUGUGUGAGCCCUUCUACUACAGAGACCCCCUCAGGGACGUCAGGGACCCCCAGGUCUGCACCGCGUGCGACUGCGACCCGGACGGCUCCCAGAACGGGGGUCUGUGCGACGGCCACACAGACCGCUCCCAGGGCACGGUGGGGGGCCAGUGCCGCUGCAAGGCCCACGUGGAGGGCCCCCGCUGCGACCGCUGCCGCACGGGCUUCUUCGGCCUCAGCGCCGACGACCCCCAGGGCUGCCAGCCGUGCCGGUGCGACCCCAGGGGGACGGUGUCGGGCCGGUCCCAGUGCGACCCGGUCAGCGGAGACUGCUUCUGCAAGCGCCUGGUGACGGGACGGGGCUGCGACCAGUGCCUGCCAGAACACUGGGCUCUGAGCCAUGACCUCAACGGCUGCCGGGCGUGUGACUGCGACGUGGGAGGAGCCCUGGACAACCAGUGUACCAUGGAGAACGGGCAGUGCCGCUGCCGGAACCAUAUGGCGGGCCGCCAAUGCUCCCAGGUGGAGUCUGGCUACUUCUUCAUGGCUCUGGACCACUUCCUGUAUGAGGCUGAGCUGGCCAAGAUGGGACAGGGCUGCGUGGUGGAGCCCAGGGAGCAGCAGCCGGGCCGCCCCCCCUCCUGGACCGGGCUGGGCUUCGCCAGGGUCCCCCAGGGGGGGUCUCUGGAGUUCAGCGUCGCCGACGUGCCCUUAUCCAUGGAGUACGACCUGCUGCUGCGCUACGAGUCCCAGGUCAGCGUGCUGCUGCGGGACUGGGAGGAGGUCCGGGUGACGGUGGUCCGGCCCGGGUCCAUCCCCACCAGCAGCCCCUGUGGGAACACCAUCCCCGCCGACGACCGGCUCACCACCACCCUGCCUGCUGGAUCCCGGUUCGUGGUGGUGCCCAGCCCCAUAUGUCUGGAGAGGGGCGUGGCCUACACCCUCCGUCUGGAGUUCACACGCUACGGCGACGCCAACAGCGUCUCUGGGGGCGGAGCCGAGACCAUCCUGCUCAUAGACUCUAUCGCCCUGCUCCCCCGCCCCUCCUCCCUGGAGAUGUUCAGCGGGGGGGACGCGGGCUCGGAGGUCCGGCGCCAGGCCAUGGAGCGGUACCGCUGCACGGAGGGCCCGCGGGGGGUCAGCCGCCCGCUGCUCAGCGACACCUGCGCCAAGCUCACCUCCAGCAUGUCGGCCGUGAUCAACGACGGGGCGCUGCCCUGUAACUGCGACCCCCAGGGCGCGGCCAGCUCUGUGUGUGACGUGCGGGGGGGCCAGUGUCGCUGCAGGCCCAACGUGAUUGGCCGACGCUGUGACCAGUGUGCUCCAGGGACCUAUGGCUUCGGCCCGUCCGGAUGUAAAGCGUGCGGCUGCAGUCUGGAGGGCUCCUCCUCGCGGCUGUGUGACGGCUCCAGCGGUCAGUGCGCGUGCCGCGCCGGGGCCUUCGGUCUCCGCUGCGACGGCUGUCAGAGCGGCCACUGGGGCUUCCCCCACUGCCGGCCCUGCCAGUGCAACGGCCACGCCCUGCAGUGCCAGCAGAAGACCGGAGCCUGCAUCGACUGCAGGGCCAACACGGGCGGAGACCAGUGUGACAGGUGUGCCGACGGUUACUACGGCAACCCCUCUCUGGCUUCGGGCAACCAUUGCCGGCCCUGCCCAUGCCCGGACGGACCCAACAGCGGGCGUCACUUCGCCGACUCCUGUUACCAGGACAACCACAACGGACAGAUCGUCUGCAACUGUAUCCAGGGUUACACAGGCGCCCGGUGCGACGAGUGCGCCCCCGGUUACCACGGCAACCCCUCGGAGCCCGGUGGCCGCUGCAGGCCCUGCCAGUGCAGCAACAACAUCGACAUGUCGGACAUGGGCUCGUGCGACCGGCGUAGCGGCGAGUGCAGGAAGUGCCUCUACAACACCGAGGGGCCCAGCUGCGGCAUCUGCAAGAGCGGUUACCACGGAGACGCCUCGCGGCGCAACUGCAGGAAGUGCACGUGUAACUUCCUGGGGACGACCAGCAGCCAGUGCACGGAGCGGGAUGCGUGUGUGUGCCAGCGGUCCUCGGGCCAGUGCCAGUGCCUGGACAACGUCAUCGGGCUGAGCUGCGACCACUGCGCCCCCGAUCACUGGAACCUGGCCGGGGGGCGGGGCUGUGAGACCUGUGGGUGUGACCCCCACAACUCUGUCAGCUCCUCCUGCAACGAGUUCACUGGUCAGUGUCAGUGCCGUGACGGCUUCGGAGGAAAGACCUGCACAGACUGCCAGGAGAAGUACUGGGGAGACCCCAGGACCCAGUGCAGAGCCUGUGACUGUGACUGGCGGGGCAUCGAGUCGGCCCAGUGCCACCGGGCGACGGGCCACUGCGUGUGCAAGCAGGGCGUGUCGGGGGUGCGGUGCGACCAGUGUGCUCGAGGCUUCUCUGGUCUGUUCCCCGCCUGCCAGCCCUGCCACCAGUGCUUCGGGGACUGGGACCGAAUCGUCCAGGACCUGGCGGUUCGCACCAAGACCCUGGCGGGCCGGGCCCAUGAGAUCCAGAGCACGGGGCUGACCGGGGCCUACGAGAAGGCCUUCCGGGACCUGGAGGAGAAGCUGGCCAAGGCCCAGGGGAUCGUCAACGCCCGCAACGCCACCGCCACCGCCGUGGGAACCCUGAUGGAGCUCAUCGAGGACCUCAGGGCUCAGAUCGGCGAGACCACAGACACGCUGAACCGCCUGGAGGGGGAUCUGACCAUGGUCCAGGACAGCAACUCUGAGGCCAGCAAGGAGCUGAGUGCCCUGGAGAGAGAGGCCAAGGCCCUGAACCUCACCUCAGAGCAACUCCACAGGCAGCUGGACGUCCUCAAGAACUCCAACUUCCUGGGGGCCUAUGACAGCAUCCGCAGCUCCUACAACCGGUCACGUGACGCGGAGCGCCGUGCCAACGAAUCCACGACCACCCGGCCCAGCACCGUCAGCCAAUCGGCGGACAUGCGCCGCCGCACCGAGCGCCUCAUCACCGCCAAGAAGGACGACUUCAACCGCAAGAACGCGGCCAACAAGCGGGCCCUUGGGGACCUGAACGGCCGCGUGCAGGGCCUGGACAUGAAGAAGAUCAACGAGAAGGUGUGCGGGGCCCCCGGCGACGCCCCGUGUGCCGACAGCCCGUGCGGGGGCGCCGGUUGCCGUGACGACGAGGGGAAGCGGCGCUGCGGCGGCCUGAACUGCGCCGGGGCGGCGGCGGAGGCCGGGAGGGCCCUGGAGAGCUCCCGGCGGGCGGAGGAGGAGCUGAGCAAGGCCAUGGGCGAGGUGGAGGGGCUCUUCUCCAAGGUGGCGGAGGCCAAGAGCAGGGCGGAGGAGGCCAAGGGCCAGGCGCAGGCGGCGCUGGACCGAGCCACGGCCACCAAGAACAAGGUGGAGCGCUCCAACAACGAGCUGAGGGACCUCAUCAAGCAGAUCAGAGAGUUCCUCACGCAGGAGGGGGCGGACCCGGACAGCAUCGAGGCGGUGGCCAACCGCGUGCUUGAGCUGUCCAUCCCGGCCUCGCCGCAGCAGAUCCGACACCUGGCGGAGGAGAUCAAGGAGCGCGUACGCAGCCUCUCCAACGUGGACGCCAUCUUGGAGCAGACGCAGGACGACGUGCGCAAGGCGGAGCAGCUGCUGCUGGACGCCAAGAGGGCCAGGCACAGUGCGGAGGGGGUGAAGACCACCACGGAGACGGUGAAGCAGGCUCUGCUCGACGCCAAGACGGCUCAGGCCACCGCGGAGGAGGCUAUCGCCAGGGCCAAGUCCGACAUCGGGGACACUGAGAACCGUCUGGCACAGAUCGAGUCGGAGACGUCCAACAGCGAGAAGGACCUGCGGGACGCGGUGGAGCGGCUGGGCAGCCUGGGCCAGCAGAUCGACGCCCUGAAGAACAAGAGGGUCAGCAACAACAUGGCCGCCGCGCGCGCCGAGGAGACCGCCACCAUGGCCCGCGACAAGGCCAACGAGGCCAAGCAGAUCCUGGAGGGCCAGCUGACGGAUAAGUUCCAGGAGGUGCAGCAGCGGGUGGACACCAAGGCCCGGGUGGUGCAGGAGGCCAGGCAGCGGGCCGAGGGCCUCCGCGACCAGGCCAAGGAGCUGCUGACCGACGCACAGAACAAGCUGCUCAGACUCGCAGAGCUGGAGAAGGAGUAUGAGGAGAACCAGAAGAGGCUGGAGGGCAAGGCCCGUCAGCUGGACGGGCUGGAGGACAAGAUGAAGGCCAUCCUCAGCGACAUCAACAAGCAGAUCCAGAUCUACAACACCUGCCAGUAGCCCGGCCCCGGCCAAUCAGAGCCCCUCCUGUUGCCCCCGCCCCUCCCUGUCCCUUCGAGCUUCACUGGUCUGCACUGAGACUACACUAUGCACUGUUGUCCAAUCACGUUAAAGAUACUAGAUGAGGGGGCGGGGCCUGAUGUAAUGGGAAGAGACUCGACUUUUGGGAAUGUGCUCAAUGUUGUCAGUUUUAAGAAAAUGCCCCAGUACGUCUUUUUAAAGUAACAUUUUUUGAAUUGUUUAAUAUUUUGUCUGCAACUGCAAACGCAAAGUCAUUGUUUAUUUUCUUACUGCCAAAUAAACCAAACUACUGGACCUGUCUGAGA